CAUGCGGAACCCCCAGCACCUGACCGCACUCCUGCUCCUCCUCUUGGCGCUCUUCUCCGCCUGCGAGUCCCGCAGGAGAGCUUACCGCCUGCCAGCGCUCCAGGGACGCAGUGCCUCCGGCAGCCCCGCCGCCCAGGACGUCGGUUCUGGGCGGGACCUGAUGAAGAAGUUCAUGCUGAUGCGGGGCCUCUUCCAGCAGCCGCCCAGCGACAACGUGAUCGUGAUCUCGCAGCCCUCGACCACGACGACCACCACGACCACGCCCACCGGUUCGCCCACCACCACCACCACCACGACCACCACAACCACCACCAACAGCACUGCCCGCUCCCUGCCUCUCCAAGCAGCGGACUCGCAGCAGAGCCAGGUGAUGGUGACGCUGCCGGUGCCCACCUCCACUGGCCGGGGAUUCGAGGGGCGCCUGGAUCUGCCGGAGGAGGAGGAUGAGGAGGAGGGGGAGCGCGAAGGAGCAGCGCUGCCAGUGGAGCCCCAGAAGCGGAGGAAGCAGGCGCAGUGGCCCAACAAGCUCCGCCGCAGCAAAACCGGAAACAGAAACAGGAACAGGAACAGGAGCCUGGUGAAGAAGAGCCACCGACGGGUGCACAAGCACCCCCAGAAGAAGAAGCAGAAGAGCCGAGUCCAGAAUAGGAAGCCCACCGAGAGGCGGUCGGCAACCCAGCAGCAGCAGCAGCAGCAGCAGCAGCAGCGCAACUCGGAGUCCGCGGCCAACUUCAUCGAACCCUACCACCUCGACGGACCACAAUCUCCACCGCCAGCGGGUCAGUCGGCCGCCGGCUCUCAGUUGCAGCGCAUCUGGCGACGCUUCCGGAUCGCCAACUGA